CGGCAACGCUGCCGUUGGUCUGCUAACACAGUGUUUAGUGUUGUGCACACGUUCGUCGCGGCCAGUGUAGUUCUGCGAGUGAGUCGACGCGGCCGAACGUUCCUAUAAAAUUUAAAUUUUGUUUUUGCACAAAUUAGUUGCUAUUAAAAUUUUAAAAACCGGUGUGUGUGUGUGUGUGUUUGUGUAUAUUUACAAUAUUUAAUUAUCAACGAGAGUAACUCAAUACAAAGUCGGAUCUCUAUUGCACGUGUUUUACAUUCUACCAGUACCUUUAAGCACAGUGUUCGUGAGCCAUGGGUCCGUCCGAUCCCUGGAUGGGGCCGCCCAAAGACGGCUUAUACGAUCCUCAACUAGAGAAAGAAGCUUGUGGCGUGGGCUUCAUAGUUGCCAUUGAUGGCAAAUACUCCAAUAAGAUCGUUCGCGAUGCUCAAAAAUUGGCAAUGCGGAUGAAUCAUAGAGGCGCAUGCUCCUGCGAUAACGAUUCUGGAGACGGCGCUGGUGUGCUCACAGCCAUACCACAUUCAUUCUACGCCCACGAACUUAGGGAGGAACAAAAUGUGGAUCUACCAGCUGAGGGAAAUUAUGCAACCGGAAUGUUUUAUCUGGAUAAGGCGCAUCAUGCAGAAAGCGAAGAAAUGUUCGCGGCUAUUGCGUCCGAAUGCAAAAUUAAAGUUCUAUGUUGGCGAACAGUUCCAGUACGUAAUAAUCAAAUCGGGGAGGUUGCUAGAAAUAGUGAACCUUUUAUUCGGCAGGUAUUUGUUGUUGAUGCUUCAGAUAUUUUUAAUGAAGACGAUUUUAAACGACGGGUAUUUGCACUUCGCAAACGUUCAACGCACACAAUACCCAAACCAGGUCGAAGAUUUUAUAUUUGUUCAUUAUCACACACAAUUAUUGUUUACAAGGGACAAUUUACGUCUGAUCAAUUAUGGGCUUACUACAUCGAUCUGCAGAGCCCAGCUUAUGAAACUUACCUAGCACUGGUCCAUACAAGAUUUUCUACAAAUACGUUCCCUAGUUGGGAGAGGGCACACCCAUUGAGAGUGUUGGCUCACAACGGAGAAAUUAAUACCGUUCGUGGAAACGUUAACUUUAUGACAGCUCGUGAAGGUCUGAUGGAGAGUAAAUACUUUGAUGACAUAACAAAACUUUACCCUGUGGUCGAGCCAAAUUUGUCAGACUCCGGAUCUGCAGAUUGUGUACUAGAAUUUUUGAUUAAUGCUGGAGAAUGUUCUCUUCCUGAGGCUGUCAUGACAAUGGUCCCAGAAGCUUGGCAAAAUGAUCAAACUAUGCCAUCAGAAAAACGAGAUUUUUAUAAUUGGGCCGCAUGUGCUAUGGAACCUUGGGAUGGGCCAGCUUUGUUAACAUUUACUGAUGGUCGAUACGUUGGCGCUUUACUUGAUAGAAAUGGAUUACGCCCUUCCCGUUUUUACGUACUUAAAGACAACAUUAUGGUUAUGGCAUCUGAAGUAGGAGUUUAUGAUACGGACCCCGCUAAUGUUGCUUUAAAAAGUCGCUUGAAACCGGGUCGCAUGCUUUUGGUGGAUACUAAAGAAAAACGCAUUAUACAAGAUGUACAAUUAAAAUUGGACAUUGCUAGAAGUAGACCACAUUCUCAAUGGCUUAAAGAACAGAGGAUUACAAUCGAAGAUUUAAGAGAAGAAGCAGUAAAUAAAGGAUUUGGCUUAGUAAGAGCAAAAUCAAUAGAAUUUGUGAGUGGCGAACGUAAGAAAGUAAUCAGAGAUAAUAUCCCAGAACAAGAAAUGACUCGAGUUUGGGGAGGAGACCGACGCUUAUUGUUAUUUAGUUAUUCAAUAGAAACUAUUAACAUACUUAUUAUUCCAAUGAUAAGAACAAAAAAAGAAGCUCUAGGUUCUAUGGGUAACGAUGCUCCUUUAGCAUGCCUUUCGUUGUUCCAGCCUCUCAUAUAUUCUUAUUUCAAACAGUUGUUUGCUCAAGUAACAAAUCCUCCAAUUGAUCCAUUUCGAGAAAAAAUUGUUAUGUCAUUAAUGUGUCCCAUCGGACCCGAAGGAAAUAUUUUAAUACCUAGUGCCAAACAAUGUCAUAGAUUAUUUUUACCUAAUCCAAUUUUAUCUUUAUAUGACUUGGAAGUUCUACGAAAUAAUCAGCAUCGUGGUUGGAAGACUAAAGUGAUUGAUAUCACGUUUCGAAAAGAAGAUGGACCACCAGGUUUUCUUAAAGCGUUAGAUCGUGUUUGUGAAGAAGCAGCUGAAGCUUCAAAAAGUGGAAACCAAUUGAUUAUUCUAUCUGAUCGAUUGGCUUCAGCCAAUAGAAUUCCUGUCAGCAUGCUUUUAGCCUUAGGCGCCACUCACCAUUAUUUAAUUGAAAAACGUUUACGAAUGAAAGUUGGUUUGAUUGUCGAAACCGGUGAAGCAAGAGAAGUUCAUCAAAUGUGUGUUUUACUGGGCUAUGGAGCAGAUGGAAUUUGUCCUUACUUGGUAUUUGAAAUGGCAAAAAGUCUCCGUGCCGAAGGUGUUUUAGAUGCAUCAUUUACUGAUAAAAUAUUAUUUGAGAACUAUUGUGAAGCAAUGGAACGUGGUAUUUCAAAAGUAAUGGCCAAAAUGGGAAUAUCAACAUUGCAAUCUUAUAAAGCAGCUCAAAUUUUUGAAGCUGUUGGUUUAGCUGAAGAAGUAAUUCAAAAAUGUUUUAAAGGUACUCAAUCACGUAUUGGGGGUGUUAAUUUUGAACUUUUGGCUCAAGAAGCAUAUGAACGUCAUUACCUUUCUUAUUCUGAUCGUAAUACUGAUAUGUUGGUAUUGAUGAAUCCGGGUUAUUUUCAUUGGCGUAGUGGAGGAGAAAAACACAUAAAUGAUCCUCAAAGUAUUGCAAAUUUACAAGAAGCUUCAAUUAGUAAAAAUAUGAGUUCUUAUGAAAAAUUUGUCGAAUCUACAAUGGAAAGUGUACGUACGUGUACCCUUAGAGGUCAACUAGAACUAAUUCCUUCAACAAAAUCCAUAGAUAUAUCGGAAGUUGAAUCAGCAGCAAAUAUCGUAAAAAGAUUCGCAACAGGUGCCAUGAGUUUUGGUUCUAUUUCUCUUGAAGCACACACAGCUCUCGCAAUAGCUAUGAACCGAGUUGGAGGAAAAUCUAAUACGGGAGAAGGAGGAGAAAAUUCUGAUCGCUAUUUGAACCAAGAUUCGGAAAACAAUAUGCGUUCGGCUAUCAAACAAGUUGCAUCUGGUCGAUUUGGUGUAACUAGUUCAUAUUUAGCUCACGCUGAUGAUUUACAAAUAAAAAUGGCACAAGGAGCAAAACCUGGAGAAGGUGGUGAAUUACCUGGCUACAAAGUUACCAAAGAUAUUGCAGCUACUAGACAUUCAGUUCCUGGAGUCGGCUUAAUUUCGCCACCACCUCAUCAUGAUAUUUACUCAAUAGAAGAUCUUGCAGAACUUAUUUAUGACUUAAAAUGCGCCAAUCCCAAAGGCAGGAUAUCCGUAAAAUUAGUUUCUGAAGUUGGAGUCGGAGUUGUUGCAUCUGGUGUAGCUAAAGGAAAAGCAGAACAUAUUGUCAUAUCAGGACAUGAUGGUGGAACUGGCGCAAGUUCAUGGACGGGUAUCAAAAAUGCAGGAUUACCUUGGGAACUUGGUGUUGCUGAAACACAUCAAGUACUCGUGUUAAACAAUUUAAGAUCUAGAGUCGUAGUUCAAGCUGAUGGUCAAAUAAGAACGGGCUUUGAUGUUAUUGUAGCAGCUUUGCUUGGUGCUGAUGAAAUCGGAAUGAGUACUGCUCCACUUAUUGUUCUUGGAUGCACAAUGAUGAGAAAAUGUCACUUGAAUACUUGUCCUGUAGGAAUUGCUACACAGGACCCAGUCUUAAGGAAAAAGUUUGCAGGAAAACCUGAACAUGUUGUUAAUUAUCUAUUUAUGUUAGCUGAAGAUGUACGUAGACAUAUGGCCAAACUUGGUAUAUCUAAAUACCAAGAUCUUAUUGGUCGUACUGAUUUACUCAAGAUGACUGAUGUUAACAAUAACCCUAAGGCUAAAUUAUUAAAUCUCAGUCCUAUACUUCGUAAUGCAUUACAUAUGAGACCCGGUGUUAAUAUUGUAGGAGGAUCGGAAACACAAGAUUUUCAACUUGAAAAACGAAUGGAUAAUGUUCUAAUUGCUGCUGCUCAACCGGUUAUUGAUGGAGAACAAAAAAAUAUGGAAAUAGAACUUGUCAUUAACAACGAAUGUCGUGCUUUCGCAUCAACUUUAAGUUAUCACAUUUCUAUGAAAUAUGGUGAUGCUGGUUUACCAGACAAUAGUAUAAACAUUAAACUGACGGGUUCAGCUGGUCAAAGUUUUUGUGCGUUUUUAACAAAGGGCGUACAUGUUACCUUGGAAGGCGAUGCUAAUGAUUAUGUUGGAAAAGGUCUCUCUGGUGGUGAAAUAGUUAUUUUUCCUCCAAAAUCGUCCACAUUCCAGUCUGAACUUAAUGUGAUUGUUGGAAAUGUCUGCCUAUAUGGAGCCACUAGUGGUAAAGCAUUUUUCCGUGGUAUUGCUGCUGAACGUUUCUCUGUAAGAAAUUCAGGAGUUGUAGCCGUAGUAGAAGGAGUUGGUGAUCACGGUUGUGAGUACAUGACUGGCGGUUGUGCAAUAAUUUUAGGACUCACUGGACGCAACUUUGCCGCUGGUAUGUCUGGUGGCAUAGCUUACGUUCUUGAUGUUGAUGAAUCAUUUAAGAGCAAAUGUAACACUGAAAUGGUAGAACUUCUUCCACUUGAUCGUGAAGAAGAUCUUAAAUAUGUAAAAUCUCUUUUGGAAGAAUUUGUUAAAAAAACCGAUUCAGUUAUUGCAUCAAAAUUGUUAGAAUCGUGGCCACAAUCUGCAGAGAAAUUUGUUAAAGUAUUCCCUUAUGAAUACCAAAGAGCUCUUAAACAAUUAGCUGAAGAAACUAAAGAAAAUAAAACCUCACAUGUACCCGAACCUGUUUAUGUAGAACCUAGUGUUCGUGAUAUUGAAGAAACUAUUAAUGACCAUAAUAUGGAACUGAAAAGACUUGACAAAAUCUUGGACAAAACUAAAGGGUUCAUUAAAUAUCCACGUGAAACAAUGAUGUAUAGACCUGCUGAAAAAAGAAUGAACGAUUGGGAUGAAAUAUACAAUUUUCAACAUGUAAGAAAAGGUCUUAGAGUUCAAGCUGCUCGUUGUAUGGAAUGUGGUGUACCAUUUUGUCAAUCAUCACAUGGAUGUCCACUGGGAAAUAUUAUUCCGAAAUGGAAUGAUUUGAUAUUCCACAACAAUUGGCAAGAAGCUUUAAAUCAAUUAUUACAGACUAAUAAUUUCCCUGAAUUUACUGGGCGGGUUUGUCCUGCUCCUUGUGAAGGAGCUUGUGUUUUGGGCAUCAGUGAACCUCCAGUAACUAUCAAAAAUAUUGAAUGUUCAAUUAUUGACCAUGCUUUUGAACAAGGUUGGAUAAAACCUGAACCUCCACUUACUAGGACUGGUAAAUCUGUAGCUAUUGUUGGAUCUGGACCGUCAGGAUUAGCUGCCGCUCAUCAAUUAAAUAAGGCUGGACACUUAGUAAAAGUAUUUGAAAAAAAUGAUCGCAUUGGUGGAUUACUUCAAUAUGGAAUUCCGACCAUGAAAUUAUCAAAGGAAGUAGUUCAAAGACGAGUUAAGUUAUUGGAAGAAGAAGGCAUAGUAUUCCAUACUAAUGUUUCAGUUGGAAAAGAUUAUUUGGCUAAGGAACUCUUAGACCAAUUUGAUGCUGUAAUUUUAUGUACGGGAGCAACUUGGCCUCGAGACUUACCUAUACCUGGGAGACAUCUUGAAGGAAUAUAUUUUGCCAUGAAUUUCUUAGAGUCUUCGCAAAAAAAACAACUUGGUGGUCCUACAGAACUACCUUUACUUGCUAGGGAUAAAGAUAUUAUUGUUAUUGGUGGUGGUGAUACUGGUUGUGAUUGUAUUGCUACAUCUUUAAGACAAAGAGCGAAAUCUAUAGUAUCUUUUGAAAUUCUCCCUGAGCCCCCAAAAACAAGAGGUCGUGAAAACCCCUGGCCUCAAUUUCCGAGAGUAUUUAAAGUGGACUAUGGACACGAGGAAGUCAAAAUAAAACACGGAAGAGACCCCAGACAAUUUUGCAUUAUGAGCAAGGAAUUUAUGGAUGACGGCAAAGGUCAUAUAUGUGGAAUAAAAACUAUAAAAGUGAAUUGGACUAAAGAUGAAGCUGGUCGAUGGAAAAUGGAUGAAGUACCAGAUUCUGAACAAAUUUUCAAAUGUGACAUGGUUCUAUUGGCUAUGGGUUUUCUUGGACCAGAGCGUACCAUCGCCAAUGAAUUAUCUUUGGCUUUAGAUCCUAGAUCAAAUUUCCAGACACCAUCUGGCCGUUAUGCAACAUCUGUUAAUAAAGUGUUUGCCGCUGGUGACUGUCGUCGUGGUCAGUCAUUAGUUGUUUGGGCUAUAUCUGAAGGACGUCAAGUAGCCAGAGAAGUGGAUCUAUUCCUCAUGAACAAAACUGUAUUACCUGGUCCUGGUGGUGUAAUAUCUAUUGUGACAACUAAAGUAUAAUACGAAUGCUAUACAUUUCUUUUAAGCUUAUGCGAUAAUGAUAAACUCAUUCAUAUGAUAUGAAAAAUAAGUAGAUCAAUAAAGUAAAAGGAAUAAAGUCCUUUCUUUGUAUCAAUGAAAAGAAUAUAUAAUUAAAAAAUGAAUAUUCUAAACAUAUUUGUAAACGAGAAUUGAUCGCAUUGUUGUUGUUUUAUUAUUAUUUUAUAUGUCACAUUUUGUGAAGUUUUGAUUUCUUAAAUACUAUUAGACAUUGAAAUGCUUUAAAAAUAUAUUUCAAAAAAAAUAUUUUCAAUCCAUAAUAUAUUUCUUAAAUUUAAUUAAGUAUUUAACAAUAUUAUUUAAUAUCAAUAAUAUUAAAGAUGUUUUUUUUAUGUUUUAAUUAUAAAUCCGUCUAUUCGUUAUUGUAUUGUGAAAUAUUUAAAAAGGCUGAAUUGUAUUAGUUACAAAACAUAAAUACAUUUUAUUAGUUACCAUUUAAACUCUAAUAGUUUAUCAAAAAUGUUUUAUUAAAUAUUUAACCAUGUUUUUUUUUCUGAAUUAUGUUAUCUUGAAUUAUUUUUUUUUUUUUAUUGUUAAUGAUUCAUGUAAAUUAGAAUUAAAUAAUUCCAUUUAUUAAAAGUAUAAAUAGAUUCAAAAAAUGAUAAAUAAUUCUUUACACUCCUUAUGUCACUAAUUUAUUUCAUUUGUUAUAAUAUUUUCAUUUUCAUUACCUAUUUCUACACAAUUUGUUAACCUUAUUUCUGUACUCAUCAUUUUAAUAAUAAUUGGCUUAGACUUGUACAAUUCCUUUAAUGUUAUUCAAAUUAAUUAUUGCAUAUCCUACUAUCUCAUAUAAAAGGUAUAAGUCAAACUACUAUAACUAUAUGAAAUUAAUUAAUGUUUAUUGUUAUUUUUGGCUAAGAAUUAUUUCCAUGUUCAACAUUUUUAAGUAGCACUUAAACCUUAUUAUUUAGUUCUUAACUGUGUGAAAAUGAUGAAUUUUAACGAAAAGUGAAUUGUUAUUAAAACAAUAAACAAUAAUUACUAAAAUGUAUGUUAACUGAUAAUAUGAUUAUAAUUACCUAGGAAAAUAAUUAUUAAUGAGUUUGGCUACUAAAUAUAUUGUAUGUGAUGAUUUUAUUGCCAUUUGAAACAAUGUGCCCUUAAAGACAAUAAUAACUUAUACACUAUAUUAUUAUAUUAUAUAUGAUUAAUACUAUUAUUACUAUUAUAUAGUUAGAUUAAAGUGUUUUUUAUUUAUUUAUUUUUAUUAUAAUUAUAUUGAUCAACUUUAAAUGUUAUAUGCUAUAUUAUAUAUAUAUAUAUGUAUGUAAUAAUGAUUAUGUAGUCAUUAAAUAUUAUUUAUGCAAUUAG